GGGAAUCCUAGUACAAAAGACACGUACUUGCCAUCACUAAAACAUUGCCUACUCACAUGAUGCCUUUUCUCCACAAAAUUGAUCCCUGGUGAGGACUAACUAUUGACUGCCCACUGAGUGGUGACUCCUUAUACUAAGCACCACGAAUACAGGGGCAAGAGAAGGAUGUUUGGCUGCACAGACGGUGUUUUAGGCACCCAUCCUCCCAGGGAACCCAAGAGAAGAGCCCUGUAUCUCCUUAGUAUAUGGAGAACCCAAGCUCCCAAGCCAUUUCCCCCAGGCCAUCCUAAUGGCACCCUCAGCCUUGGUGGGAGAAGCGACAAUGUUCCCACCCAUCACCUUUUAAUAGCCACAGGAACCUGCCCGCCCACCCACUGCACGCCCAUUGGCUGGACAGUGGUAGAGGCGAGCCCUGAUGAGCGCAUGCUCAAAGGGAGAAGUCAGAGGGGAGCCUGGGAGCUCCUUUGGAGGCUGCGAUGUCCCUGACUCUCCCGAGGGGGCUCACUUACGUCUGGGUCCCAUGCCACAGAGGCUGAGGAGGAGAAGCAGGAGGUGAGUCCCUGAGGAGACGCCGUGACCUGAGGGCUUCCCUUACUGAGGAGACCUCGUGCUUCCUCUGUCACAAGCGGUGCCCAGGCUGGUGGUGACAACUGGGACGAUGCUCAGGCUUCUGAGACUUGCUUUGGCCUUCUACGGGAGAACGGCCGACCCUGCAGAGCAACAGGGCCCACAGCAGCAGGGGCUCCCACAAGGUGACACCCAGUUGAAAACUGUGCAGGGAGUUGUCACAAGUUUCUGUGGUGAUUAUGGCAUAAUUGAUGAGUCGAUCUUCUUCAGUAGUGAUGUUGUGAGUGGCAACGUGCCUCUAAAAGUUGGACAAAAAGUAAAUGUGGUUGUGGAAGAUGAUAAACCACUUUAUGGAUUCAGAGCAAUCAAGGUGGAUGUUGUGCCUCACCGCCUUUAUGGUGCUGUACCCUCAGACUCAGGAACCAGAGUUUUAAUUGGAUGUGUUACUUCUAUAAGUGAAGAUAUUAUUUAUAUUAGUAACAGCAUUUAUUUUUCCAUAGACAUUUUUUCUGAAGAUUUUGUGCCUUAUAAGGGUGACUUGUUAGAAGUUGAAUAUUCCACUGAGCCAGGCAUCUCAAACAUCAAGGCAACUUCUGUGAAGCCCACCCGUUGUAUUCAUGUGGAAGAGGUCUGCGUUACUAGCGUACAUGGAAGAAAUGGGGUGAUAGAUUAUACUAUCUUUUUCACCUUGGAUUCUGUGAAACUUCCUGAUGGAUACAUACCUCAAGUAUACGAUAUCGUCAAUGUGGUCAUGGUGGAGAGCAUUCAGUUCUGCUAUAUUUGGAGAGCGGUUUCUGUCACCCCAGCUCAAAAAUCCAGCAGUGGAUUCCAGGAUGAUGGAGGCCUGGGACGGCCCAAAAAGGAACGUCGGAGCCAAAGCAUUUAACUGAAAAGGCAUCAGGGACAGCAUGUUAAAGGCAUGAUUUAAAGUUACAAUUUGACUUCAGUUUUGAGCCCCCUUUAUGCUGUCUGUACAAUCUGUAUUGUUCCAUAGUCUCUUUCAUCUUCUUUCACCCACAUAACUCGCGCUGUUUAUUGUUUCAAUAUGUUCCUUAUUCCCCAUGCUAGAAUGUAAACUCCACAAUGGCAGGAUGUGUUUUGAUCUUUUUGUUGUUGUUGUUGUUCUUUUUUUUUUCUGUUGUCAUUAAAGCAUCUCCAAGCACUUAGAAGAGUGCCUAACAUAAAAUGUUAUUAAGCUCUAUGACUGAAUGAUUGGGCCAUCUAUGAUGUUUAGCUGCGGUUCAUUCAUCACUAGUUCCUUAGGAAUAAAAUUGUUGAGCAACGCAUUAA